AAUAUAUAAACCCUUCACCAGACCAAGUGCGCUUUGUUUUUGUUUUUAUAUAUUUCAUUGAAACCUUGCGUGUUUUGAUUGUCUUUGUGGGUUUGUGUGUGUAAUUUUGAAGCAAGCAAGAGCCGCCAUGGGAAGAGCUCCAUGCUGUGACAAAGCAAACGUGAAGAGAGGGCCAUGGUCUCCUGAAGAAGACGCUACUCUGAAAAGCUAUGUUGAGAAUCAUGGCACUGGUGGUAACUGGAUUGCUUUCCCUCAGAAAGCAGGCCUUAAACGAUGUGGCAAGAGUUGCCGUUUACGGUGGCUGAAUUACCUGAGGCCUGACAUCAAACAUGGGAAUUUUACUGCAGAUGAAGAUCAAAUUAUAUGCACUCUUUAUAGUCAAAUGGGAAGCAGGUGGUCGAUCAUAGCUUCUCACCUGCCUGGAAGAACAGACAAUGAUGUGAAAAAUUAUUGGAACACCAAGCUAAAGAAAAAGAUACUUGCAGGAAAAAUAGGCCUCAUCGAAGACAAGACUAACAAGUUCCCAACUAGCAAUCCAUCUACUUUUCUUGACUCAACACCUUCACUGUCAUCCGCUGCAAAAUCUGAACCCUAUGAUACCCAAUUUUCAGCUUCACAAAGUCAGUUUUCUUCAUCACUAUUACCAAUUUUAGCUGAUAAUGGCUAUGGACUUUCUGUCAACACACAAGCCAUAAGUUUAGACCCAAAUCAACAUCAGUUUCCUCUCUCAGAGUUGGGUGGCACAAACUUAAAGAACAGUCCCAUUGUUACAUCCUCUCAAGAGGGUUCAAGUGUUUCAGAAUCAAAUAACUCCCUUGCCAUGGACAACGGAGGUUUUGUGGAUUUCAGCUUUGGAGUUCCUCAUGAGUUUGUGGGCAAUGGGUUUUGGUUUCAAGAGAAAACUGGUGAUGAUCAUCAUUAUCAUCAAGCACCCUUCAGUUGGUAUCCAAAUCUAGAUGAUUCUUCAUAUGCUGACAUUAAGCCACAAGGAUUGAAUCAAAGUGUUAUUAACCAAUAUUGAAAGUGGGAGACAGCUAAUGUAGAGAGACUUUAAUAUAUAUAUAUAUUCUUCUCACAUUCAAUACAUGCAUGUUUUGUGUGCAUGGUUUAAAUAUGACAUUAUUUCAAAAGGAAGUUGUAUAAAAUUGAGGAAUAUGGGUGUAUAUGAUGUAUUAUUAUAUGAUCGA